CAGAAAAGGGACAGUUAAGCCCGUGUUUUCCAUCAGUCAGCUUUUGACAGGUAAUACAGAGUGUUCUCCUCCUCUUGUAUUUACUUUAUUUUGAUUUUUCGGCGCUCAUAAAUUUGAUAAAAAUGGGGUUUCUUUUGACCAAGAUGAUGGCUGUGUUCGGAGACAGAGAACACAAAGUCAUCGUUGUGGGAUUGGACAACGCCGGGAAGACAACCAUCCUCUACCAGUUUCUAACGAAAGAAGCCGUCCACACAUCACCCACCAUUGGCAGCAAUGUUGAAGAGAUCAUUGUUCGCAACACUCACUUCAUGGUUUGGGACAUUGGAGGGCAGGAGAGUCUGAGAGCCAGUUGGUACUCCUACUACAGCAACACAGAGAUCAUCCUUUUGGUGGUGGACAGCACUGACCGUAAUAGAUUGUCUAUAACCAGAGAGGAAUUACACCAAAUGCUUGCACAUGAGGAUCUGCAGAACGCAGCGGUUCUUAUUAUUGCGAAUAAACAAGAUGUCAAGGGCUCCAUGACAGUUGCAGAGAUCUCUGAGUGCCUCACACUCAACUCUAUCACAUCCCACCCCUGGCAUGUCCAGGCCUGCUGCGCCCUGACAGGAGAAGGUCUACCUGCCUGUCUAGAUUGGAUGAAAUCACAAGUUGUGGUAAACUGAUGCCACUUCCAGUGACUGAAACUUCCCUGAACCGAGCCAGGCAUCGCACUUCUUUGUGCUGUCUGUGCGUGUGAUGGCAUUUGUAACAAAGACUACAGUUUCCAGACCUUCUGCCUGUUUUGUGGGAGUCAUCAAAAGACCUCUGGGUGGACGUACAUUACAAUGAACUGGAUUUUUUGUUAUUUCAGUUUUUUAUGCAGUUUUCUUACUUGUAACUGUGGAAACACACACUACCAGGAAUUGUUUUUGUUCCGUAAUGUGUGAAGAAGUGCUUUCAGUUUAGAUGCCCAACCUGACAAGUUGUAUCACAUUCCACUUCGCGUCAUUUUACUGGGGUUUGGUAAAAGACAAAGGCUUGUCACAUUCAUGAACAGUUACCUGGUAACUUAAGGCUCCUUGUUUCAUGAUGGAAACUGAGGUUUUGCCAGUCCUGCUAAAAAAAAACCCAACAAAACAUGGCCCAGCAUUACCUGAUUAGCAGAUUAUAACAGUUAGCACUGAACCAUAUGUCCCUGACAUUUAAAAAGUUGUUAAUCUGAUGGGCUGAUUUCAGAGAAACCCGCCUCUGCAACAGUUAAGAUCUUAUUACGACCUUUAGUAGUCAUUCUUAUCUUUCCCAUUAUACUUGAACGAUUCCCAGACCAUGCACUUUUAGGACCUUCGUCCUCCCUUGUAUUCAUUUAGACCACAACGGAAUGAUUAUAGACCGAAAACAAUGUGAAGUUGUGACCACAGGUUACAGUCAGUGUGGCCUUAACCAUUUUAAAGCCUUUGUUAAAAGAAAUCUGAUGCAAAAAAUGUUAUGCCACUGAACAAAAGGGUUUUACUAAACUAUGUUUUCUAAAUGUAUUAAUAAUAGGCUCUUAAAACAUAUUCUGUACAUUACAGAAAUUCCUACAUGAGAAAGGAGCUAGCUGCUAAGUACUUAAAGAUGUAAUUCAAAGUGUAAUUUUUUUUAUAUUUCGUACUUUUUUAAAUAAUUUAUGACAUUGUUAUUAUUAAAAUCGUAUGUGUUUUGGUGUAUUUUCUUACCUAUACUUUGUUGCAUAGAUAAUUUUUAUUUAAAUAUUAUUACACAGAUGAUUAA